AUGUCUGGAUUAGCAUCGAGAUGGGCCACCGAUGAAACAUUGGUGAAACAAGCAAUUGAGCAGGACUCCAAACAACUGCACCAUCCUCGCCGCAAUAAUAGUAAUGAUAAACCUGGCUCAGAUCUUGAAGAUAGUAAAUGGAGUAAACCAAUAACGAGCAAGAAAUCAGAAACAUUGGUGAGUAUAUGGGCUGAUGCUGAGGAUACACAAAAUGUGUAUCCGUCUCCACCACUGUCGAAAGAUGAUUAUGGAAAACACAGAGGUAAGUCCGAUUCUCAACACAACCACCACAAGAGAAGAGAUAAUGUGUCUCCGCGGAAGAGCAAGAACAAUCAUGAAGGUACGCCAAGAGUAAGACGAAAUUCACAACCUAAGCAAGGCAAUGAAGACGAUGAAAGAGGACCUAUGACAGCUGCUGCCAGGGCAUUUGCUGCACGAUUUGACAAGCCCGCAGAUAAACAAGAUUAUACUCGUUCAUCAGGGGCCAACUCCCUAGCUGAAAGGCUUGACAAGUUAAGUGUUGGCAAACACACUACACGAGAAAGAAAGUCCAACCACAAACCACACAACACAGCCAGUGUUAAACUGGAAACACUAAAACAUAAGCAUGUGGACACCUCAGAAGAGGAUAAACAGAAAGAAGAAAAAGAAAAGCAAGAGUUGCUCAAGAUGUUGGAGGAAUUGGAGUCACAACAUUUGGACUGGGCCAGUAUGGAAUAG